CUGUCCCUUUAAGAGCGCGCGGCCUCGCCCGCGAGUGUCACUGGGACACGUGCUCCCCGGCGCGUCCUCGUCAUCGCGCGUCCGCAAGCGGAACCAUCUCUGCGACACCAUGGAGACCCGCGCGUUGUUCACGCGCGGAUGCGGCGCUCGUGCCGAACAACGCCGGUGCUAAUAGCUUAGGCCGCGGCGCGCGACAGGAUCUCCGCUCCGGUCGACCGGUGCAGGUACCCAGGACAGAGCGGCAGGAGGGCAGCGGCGCAGUCCGGCAAUGGCGGGUGGACGGAGGGGUGCAAACCGCACCUCCUACUGUCGCUCUCCGCUGGGUGGCGACUCGGGUUCGGUGAGCAAUGGCAGCCACUCGACCAGUUCGCCUGUGACAGGAGUCCGGUCGCGAACCAGGAGCAGCUCCGGUACGAGCAUGUCCAGCCCCCCGCUCGCUGCGCAGACGGUGGUCCCUCUGAAGCAUUGCAAAAUCCCGGACCUGUCCGUGGAGCGCAACGUCCUGUUUGAGCUGCACCUCUUCUUCUGCCACCUUGUCGCACUCUUCGUCCACUAUGUCAACAUCUACAAGACGGUGUGGUGGUACCCGCCCUCGCACCCACCCUCCCACACCUCCUUGAACUUCCACCUCAUCGACUACAACUUGCUGGCGUUCGUCGUCAUCAUUCUGGCCCGGCGGCUCAUCGCGGCCGUCGUCAAGGAGGCCUCCCACAGCGGGAAGCACUCGUUCCCUCACUCGAUGGCGCUGGUCACCGGACGCUUCGCUGUGCUCACGCUCACCGGUUGGGGUUUGUGCCGCUGCCUCAUCCACCUGCUGAGGACGUACUCGGCCCUCAACCUGCUCUUCCUGUGCUACCCGUUCGGCAUGUACAUUCCGUUUCUGCGGCUGAGCUGCGACCUGCGGCGCACCGGCUCGCUGUCCCCCGUCGCCAGCAUUGGCUCCAAGGAGGUGGGCGGAGUCAGCGGCGGGAGGGACUACCUAAGCGUGCUGAAGGAGACUUGGAAGCAGCACACGAGCCAGUUGUGUGGGACACAGGCCACGCCCACGCACGCCUGCUGCCUGUCGCCGGACCUCGUGCGCAAGGAGGUCGAGUUCCUCAAGAUGGACUUCAACUGGAGGAUGAAGGAGGUGCUUGUGAGUUCCAUGCUCAGCGCCUACUACGUGGCCUUCGUGCCUGUCUGGUUUGUCAAGAGCACGCAGUACGUGGACAAGCAGUGGUCCUGCGAGCUCUUCCUGCUCGUGUCUGUGAGCACGUCAGUCAUCCUCAUGCGGCACCUGCUGCCGUCCCGCUACUGCGACCUGCUGCAUAAAGCCGCCGCCCACCUGGGCUGCUGGCAGAAGGUGGACCCCGCCCUCUGCUCCAAUGUCCUGCAGCACAUGUGGACGGAGGAGUACAUGUGGCCCCAGGGUGUGCUGGUGAAACACAACAAGAAUGUGUACAAGGCCGUGGGCCACUACAAUGUGGCAGUGCCAUCUGACGUCUCCCACUACCGCUUCUACUUCUUCUUCAACAAGCCCCUCCGAAUAUUGAACAUCCUCAUCGUUUUGGAGGGGGCCAUGAUCUUCUACCAGCUCUACUCGCUCAUCUGUUCGGAGAAGUGGCACCAGACCAUAUCCGUGGCCCUCGUCCUCUUCAGCAACUACUACGCCUUUUUCAAGCUGCUGCGAGACAGGAUCGUCCUGGGCAAGGCGUACUCGUACCCCGGGGGUGCCGGCGAGCACAAGGCCAGCUAGCUGUCCGCUCUCAGCCCGUCCUCCUGGAGCAGCGCAGAAUACAAGAGAGCUUUGUAUUUUUUCUACAGUUGCAUUUUUUGUGUCGUUUUCUUCAGAAAUGUAAUGAUAAAAAGCAUAUUUUUGUAUUCCCUAAAAAAUGCGUCUGUGUCCUUUGCUGGCUCUUGGGCUCUUUGUUUCAGGCCC